AUGCACUCCUCCUCUCCCUCAUCACCAACCAACUUCUUCACCUCCUGCUUGGCUUUCCAUCCUCCAUUCAGAUCGUCACCGCCGGAUAAUCACCCCCAUCCCACAAUUCUGCAGCCAAAACUCCCGCUACCGCCCCGGACCCAGGGUAUGGGAUUCCGUCUCCACGGGGAGCGGGGAAGCGUGAUGCCGGUUGGACGCCUCAUCCACCUCCUUCUCCAACUUGGUAACGAUGGUGGACGAGAGAACAGGGCUGCAGAUAAGAUACCGGAUGCCGUAAUGGUUUGCGCCUGCGCGGUGUCUGGUGUGGUAGAAAAAUGGCUGUUUUUAGAAGAAGAGGGGAUCUGGAUAAAUAUGAAGUAUAUUUACCGCGCGAUACCGAUUGAUACAUAG